AUGCAGAAUGGAGAUCACGCCGAGGACGACGUAGGUGGCCGGCCGAGCGGAUACGUCCCGAGCGGAGCGACUGGAACGACUGCGGUCAGAGAGCAGCUGGCUGCAGUAAAGAAGGAGUUGGACUUCAUCUCGCAGCAGCUGCGAGGACCAGGUGGACAAGUUCAGAGAAUAGAUCUCCAGGAAGUUGAACGUCUGGUGAAGCACCUUGAGGUCGAUCGAGGUGAGCUUGCCAAGCGCUGCCAGCGACUGGCGGAAGAGAACCAGGACUUGAUGGAGGCAAACCGUCACUUGGAGGUGGAUCUGUCUGCAGCUCGGCGUGAGCUGGACGAUGUCAGAAGGCAGCUUCGACAUCAGCAGAUCGACAUUCAAUUGAAAGGCACCUCCGAGCGGCAGGAUGCAGAGUCUGAGCAGCCAUCUGCCGAAGAGCGCCUCACGCAGGAGUCGCUCGAGGCGCUCCAGGCUGCCAUGGCUGCAAGCCCGGGACCUUCCAGGCAGAUGUCCAGAAGCGAGCUCAUCCGAGCACUUCGCGCAACGCAGGAAGAGCUUGCCAUACAAAGAGCUCGGAACCAGAAGUUGGAGCAGCGCCGGAUACGAGAUAGCCAGCGGUGCGAGAUGCUCGCGGAUGCAGCGGAGCGGCAGAGAAUGGAGAUUACGGCCAUGCGGCUUGGCAAGCAGCGGAAGCUUGCGACCCAUCCGCAGAUGGUCCACAAGCCCAAGAUGCUGCACAACUUGGCGCAUACUAUGCCGGUCAGUCGCGAGGUCAAGCCGUGGGUUGGAGGUGAGGCGUCCGGCAUUUCGAGAUCGAACUCGGAGUUCGCACGCCUUCCUCGGAUGAAGGGUCGAGACAUCCCCCUGUAG